CAAUUUUGAAUGUAAACUCAACACAUUUCUUCUUCCCAUUUCACCUUCACUACCUGCACCCAGAGACAAAAAUCUAGGAUUCUCUAAAAAUAGGUAGAAAGAAAACAUGUCUUUCCUUAGAACAUGGUAAAAUUGAGGUGAAAGUAGUUUGCCAAGGAAAUGUAAUAAAAUACAUGGCUGUCAACCUGCAUCUGUGUUUGUAGUAUAGUUAAAAAUUUAUAAAGGACAGACUAUGUAUUAUACUGAGAUAGACUCAGUAAUAUUUUAUUUGCAAAUUGAUAACUUUUGUCCAGAAAAUGCAGUGUAUAGUAACAAUACUUAGUGCAAAGGAAUUUGUCCUAUGGCAUAUACUGGAAAAUGAUUGUCACCUUGCAGAUUUUUCCUUUUAAGCAUGCCUGAUCUCCAGUGCUUUGUAUAAUAUAUGGUGUAUGAAAUACACAAAUGUGAUUUUGUGUGUAUUUUUUAAAUGAUGUAAGUAACAUUAUUACAUUUAACUGGUUGUAAUUCACAAAAAGUGCUAUUUAUUAUACUCUGUAGAGUGUUGUGUAUGUUUUCAUGUGUGUUUCGGCAUUAUGGUGUGGAGUUUAAUGAAUAUUUGCCUUCAGUCUUUCCUCAGGUAUUAAUGUGUAGCAAUUUUUGGUGCUUUCUUUUUAAAUCUGUCAUAAUCUGGUGUUCUGAAUGUUCAACAAUAAAUUUGGUGAACAAGGGCAUGUGGUGCAGAGAUUGUUUGCCAGUUCACAUACUCCUCAAUACCAUCUCAGGAGAAAAUCCUUCAAGAUUACUUCUUUACAGCACAUAUGGAUUUCAGAAAUUUGAAGGCCUAUGCAUGGCACGUAAUGACACAUUACAGACAGGAAGCAAGCAAGGUUAUCUGUCACCUGGGACAUGGGUAGAAAAAUUGUGGCACACCCAUUAAAAUGGACCAUUACUUCACCCCCCCAAAAAAAGGGAAAGUGAACAGCUGAUACAUGAAAUAAUAUUGACGAAUGUCAAACACAUUAUGCUUCGUUCCACCAUGCCCAAAGCACUCCUGCUGCUGUGUGUUGUCCUGGUGCUACUUGGGCUUGUGCCUGGAGCCACAGUGAGAAACGGAGAGAAAUGGAAGCCGCUCAACAAUCCCCGGAACAGAGAGCUGUUUUUCAGAACCCUUCAGGCAUAUCUUAAGGGAAGAGGUCUUGAUCUUGGGAGAUUUCCGAACACUUUCUCCAUGAAUGAGAAUCCCAGACCCCUCUCUUUCCAAUCAGAACUUCUUGCUUCUGCAUUUGCAGAUUAUGAGGAGCAGAAAAACUCCUUUCCUAAUUACAUCAAAAGCUGAAUGUUUCCUCUGAACACAGGUGUCUGGCUAUUUUAAAACUACAGAUCAAGCUUCUCAUCAGAAAAAUUCAAUCAUGGUCAUAGCUAAACCUUUUCCCCCUCCACUUUUGUCAAUUUAUAAUGGUUUUAUUCUACAUUUCCAGAUUUACAUAUAAAUGGGUCGAGCUUUGGGACAUUAGUGA